AUGCCCUCCAUUUUCAGCAGGAAGAGCCGGUCCCAGGCCCACGACGGUCACGGUCAGUCAGCCGAGCCAGGUAACAGCCCGCUCCAGCAACACCACCACCAACAACACCAACAACAACAACAAUUCCUCCAUCAACAACAGCAGCAACAGCAACUCCAGACCCCCCACGAAUACCGCACCGCUCGGCGCCCCUCGCUGCCCAUCCACACCCAUCUGCAGACCACCCACCCCGGGCUGUCCACCGACAACCUCAACUCGCCCGCCGUCGACCUGCCCUACGACGACAUCCCACCCGACCUGCUACAGCGCCACCCAGCUCAUCGCGCCCCCUCGACUCAGCCAGGCGCUGCUACUGCUGGUGCUGCUGCUGCUGGUGCCGGAGAUCGCCCGACCAUUAGCUUAGUCGGCCCCGCCAGACGAGACCAACAACACGAGGCCGCCCUCUACAGUCACGACAAUUCCACCUCCGACCACCUCGACAAGAGCUCGGUCGAACAGCCCUGGCCCAGCCCCUCGCACGAUCUGCCUGCAAAGUCGUCGGCCAAGCUGCAGAAGAGAAAGGGCUUCUUCAGCCGUCACCAGUCGUCCGCGUCCACCAGCCAGGGGAAUCCGCCCAAGCAAGAAUCCUCACUGGGCCGGUCGGUCUCGUUCAAGAACAAGUUUGCGAACAGCAGCAGUAACAAUAGUAUCCAGCAGACAGUCUUGGAGCAACAGCCCGAGGAGCAUGCGCUAGGCCGUCUGCAGACCACACCACAGCAGUCGACCAGCGCCGACUACGCCCAAAACAUAACAUCAACAACGCCCACCGGCGACCCCCCAAGCAGCCCGACUGCAUUCGCGCCGACUACGCCCCAGACUCCGCUGGACCAGCAGCGUCUCAACGACCACAGCUACCACUCGCUACAGCACCAGCAUCACCACCGCUCCGGUAGCGCCGACUCGUUCCCAAGCCAGGUAAGCUUCCAUAUACCUUCUUUCCGCGAGACGAACACCCAACCCCCGUCUCCUCUGUCACGUCCCUCGUCACGCCCCGUUGCGUCGGACCCAUGGCCGCAGCCGCACUCAUUGUCCAGAUCGGAGCAACUUGGUUUCCAGCCACGGCCUGUUUCGCAGCAAUCCUCGUCGCAGCAAUCCCUUGUCCCUCACGUCCACAGUUCUGAUCUCCUCAUUCCACAGGCUUCCUCCCGUCGCCCUUCUGCCCAGCACACGCUGGUCAGUGAUAUGGCCGCCAUUGACCGUACUGGUGGCGGCGCCAGGCAGCCCGACUCCCAGUCCCAGUUACCUACGCGCAAGGACUCUCUCGCCGCGCAGGGUGGCCAGUCGCCAUAUCCCCCCGUCACCCAGGGAUCGUCGUUCAAAGGCAAUAUCUCGCAGCAGAAUCUAGCCGAUGUGACCGGGCGAGACACGCCGCCAGCCGUGCCGUCUUCCAAGUUGCAAGACGAUCUCGAUGGCCAGGAUAUCGCAGUCUUGAUUCAGAAACAUGAAGAACUCCAGGCAAAAUAUGUCAAAGUAAAACGGUACUAUUUUGAAAAAGAAGCCCAGGUCACUCAGCUCCAAAACACAGUGGCGCACCAGCGCAUGGCCGUGUCUCGUACGGUGCUGGAUGACAACGAGUACUCGGCCCGUUUCAGCCGUCUAGAUGGAGCUAUUAAAGAACUGUCCUUUUCGAUCCGCAAAGACUGGAAGACCGUCCCGGACUGGCUGCACCCGUCGGUGAACGAAGACGCAGUGACUGUGGGCACAAAAGAGAUGACGGGCGUUGGACGCGCCGUGAUUUCUCGCUGGAUUGCCGAGGAGAUUUUCGAACGCCAUUUCCACCCCGGUCUAGAGCGCACUUUGAGCGAACGUCUCAAGACGAUUGAGUGGAAUUUGCGCCGUCAGCAGCCUCAGGCGUUCAGUGAGGAAGACAAGGAAAACCAGCUCGCCCGCAUUUCCAACUGGCGACGCACGACUUUGGAUGGGCUGUCGGAUAUCAUACAAUCCAAAUCUGCGCUGGAGAACCAGGGUCAUUUGGCCGACUACCUGGUGGAAAGACUGCUGGCCACGUUGCAGUGUGAUCUCAAGGACCCGCCUCCCCCGGAACUGCCGCACGGCGUCCGCACUAUCGUGGAAAACGCCAUCAACAUCAUCGAGAAGAUCCCCCAGGAAGCUCGAGACAUCGUGGUCGACUACAUCGUGCCGGGCACGCCGCUCUCGGAUGUCAACAUGAAAGUCGAAACCGGCCUUCCACCGUUGACCCGCCCCCUGGGCAAAGAGCACAGCCCAUCAACCGAGCGGGGCCAUGACAGCACAGAUGAUAUGGACCUUGACAAGGAAUCAUCCAACUCACCACAAGGAGGAGACCACAAAACAUCGCCUCCUCAUUUCCCGCAAAACCGCGAGCAGCGCAAGAAAUACCCGUUUGGCAGUCUGAUGAGCAAGAAAUCCGCGACCCCGACGCCGCCUUCGUCGUCUGAUACCCGUCCUGUGAGCAACACGGACGCUACCAAGGAUCGCGACGAGCAGUCACCAUCUGAAAAGCGGUCUCGCGUGCGGUUCGCCACGUUUGUGGCUGUUGAAGUGCGAGGCCGCGGGCCUAAUAAUGUGCUCAUGCCGGCGCCGGUAUUUACUCUGGAGUCUUGA